AUGACGACGGUAAAAGAAGACAUCGAGACAACUUUAGUCGAUUAUUUUGUGGUUGCUGGAUAUGACCCUGAUGUUGGACUGGUGAUUGACACCACAUGUGAUGACCCUGUUUGUGGAGAGGAAAACGGGCUAAAUCCAAAAGCGAGAGAUCAGCAGCCACCCUUACAGCGUUCUUUCGUUGCGAAAAUUUUACACCAUUUUCCACAGAAACGGCCCGGAGCUCCUUUUUCUGAUGAGGUGCUAUCGCUAUGUAUGCCAAAAGGACUUCGCUUCUUUACGGAGAAGAAUGUCCCCUCAAAUAUCACAAUGCAUACCUUCGCCAACAUUCGGGAAGAUGGUAAUCGUAUAAAUGGCACUGUCAUGACUUUUUACGAGGAAGUUCGAGAUUCCCGAUUAUGUGAGGCUAUGUCAUUGCUUCACACUGAACACGUGCGAAAACUUACAGCCGGUGAACCACCGUUGGAUCGAGAACGGCAUCAUGUACCCCCAGGUACAGUAUCAGGUGGCACCCACACCCUCCCUCGUGGUCGAAGGAGUAGAACAAAACGUAUAUCUUAUUACGACGGUGGCGGUCACAACACUUUAUUCAUGAGUAAAACGUUGUGCCUUAUAACAAGACUACCUCUGGUAUGCUCGACGAUGACGAUUUUACGAACUCUUCAUGAAAUACUCACCGCUGGUUCUCAGCCAGAAUUGCCUUUGGAAAGUUAUAUUUAUUGGAUCCUUAACGAAAUUCCAUUACCAUUGCCUGGAACGACGCUUAAGGUAACAAUGUUGGAUUCUACCAUACUUGUACAGCGACCAGGUUCCAGAGAGUUGCCCAUUUUUGACGAUUCAUUAGGUGCAAUGUUCCAGUAUAUUUCUGUGGAGAAGUUCCUUAGAUUAUUCACUUGUUUCUUGCUAGAGCACCAAAUACUAAUCUGUUCUAAAGAAUAUUCUCGUCUUAUGUGCGUCAGUGAAGCUUUGUGUGCACUAGCUUUUCCAUUUCGCUGGCAGAUGGUUUAUGUCCCAAUUCUGCCGUAUUCACAAUUGAAGUUUGUGGAAGCACCGGUUCCAUACAUCAUGGGUUGGUGUUACGAGGAAAGCGUUCCUGACUUUCUCUUUCAAUCUAACGUGUGUGUUCUGGAUAUUGACACCGGAAGGACAGAAUUUCCGGAGGAUCUACCUGCGUUUCCUGGUGCAAAGCAGCUUUGUCAAGAAAUCAAAACAGCCCUUGAAAGGUAUUCGAAGUGGGAUGAAAUGUCAAAGUCUAUUGUGAGUGGAACAACACCACUAACAAAUUCACCUGCGCCUGGUGUUCCCAACCGCAGCAACAACGUUCGUCGCACGGAGGAAUGGUCCGCAAAACGGAUGAGUCGUUCAUUUGACCACGAUGAUGCGCUUGAUGAAACUAUUAGCGAAUCUGUGUUGUUCUCUCCACGUCCUUCGCGUGCGGAUCUGGCUCCGCUACCACUUGAAAGUGUGUUAAAGAACAACUCCACUCUAGCAAGAGUAGCGGAAAUAGCUCGAAGAGCCGGUGUUGUGGUAGAUGUUCAAGACCUUGAGCACGAAUUGUCUUGUAAAGAUCAGUAUGCGAAUUCUCCAGUCUGCAAGCAGUACUUCCAGAAUGCUCGCUUGAACAAUGCCAUUCGGGAAUGCGUACUGAAUAGGAUAGUUUGCAUGCUGUAUUCAUAUGAACACUUCGUUGUUGGCGGACAAGGGUGCUCAGAUCGUGAAACCUUUGAUGAUAGCAGAGAUAGCAUGGUUUGUUUUGACAAAGCUUCCUUUCUCUCUGACCAACCAGACAGUCAUUUGGCUUUUCUAGCUGCAUUCUUGGAAACACAGAUGUUCACCUCUCUGAUCGACGCCAAGAUCCUGUCACAGUGGGAGACUCCCGACGAGAAUCUAGUUCUAUUCGAUUCGCGGAUAGCUGCGAUGCGCGAGAAGCUUGGCCUCUCUAUGGUGCGGACACCAACUUAUGAAAGCACGCCACCAUUUGCUCAUACUGAAGAGUUAAUAUCUAAACGUGAAGAAACGCUGGACUAUGUCGUACCUGGCCCCCACGAACUUGCUGGAGCAGUAACCAUGCGGUAUGAAGGAGUUUGGCCGCAGCAAAUCAACACAGCUCUCCUAGAAGGAGCUGUAGGUCUUAGCCCAGCUCCAAGUCCUUGGAAGCAGCGAUAUCCGAGGUUGCGGCCAAAACAACAAGAUGUAAGCACAUUUAGCCGCCACAGAAAGCCCAAAAAACUCACCUGCUGUUUAUUUUGGGUUGCUGGAUCCAACGCCCGUCCCACUAGUACUUAUGGAGGCGCUGGCUUGGUAGGAGACUCUCCUGCUUUGAUUGCCCAACAGCAGCUGAAAUUUGUGGAUCAGCUUUUGCGCGAAACGAAAGGCAAGACAAAACGUAUGCUUGUGGACAAAAUGGGAAAAGAAGCCGUGCAGCUGGGUCAUCUGGACGCCGGAAUUACGGGUGUUGAAGAAAACACACUUGUCGCAUCCUUCUGUGACCUUUUAGAAAGAAUAUGGGCACAUGGACUUAUCAAGAAACAGGGUAAAUCAUCCCUGUGGAGUUUCGUUCUCCAACAUCAGGAUUUGGAAAAGACAGGUCUUUCUAUGCGAACGAUGUCGUCUUCUAUGCUCACUCCAGGAGGAUUGAUGAGGCGAGCACCUUCUUUACCAUAUUGUGAGGUUCCCGCACCUGUUAUUGUCCAACCUUCAAACGAGAAUGACUUCGCUGGUGCUAUUUCGGAUCUCGUGGAAUCCAUCCAGCGAGAACUCGGGAAAGGGGAUGACGAGAGUGCACCGGCAUGGUCUCGGUCAAUUUUACGAGCGGCCAACUUCCUCGCGGAUAAGUUGACCAAUGCACCAAAAGAGGAAUCUCGCGGAUCGCUGUCCACUGCCUUCACGCAUCGUCGGACAGUGCCGCCAACUAUGAAGAAGUCGAAUUCUGUCGGUGAUUUUACAAAUCCAAGUUGGAACAAUGAGGUCAGUGGAGCACCAGAAAUGGUCACAGGUUCACCACGUAGAAGAUCACAGAGUCGUCCGAGAAGUCCUGAAACUGGUCCACGUGUACUCUUGGCGCCCCUGCCUACUCAUGUGGCAUACGACCUAAAGAACGUUCUGCGGAUGACCGAAAUAAAGACUGAUAUUGGAUAUGCGAGAGCAUUUGUGCGAUUAGCAUUGGAGCGAAAACUGCUGCAUCGACAUCUCGCAACGCUUUUGGCAAAUACACGCUUGUUGAGCGAACUGUACAGACCUCACGCCUUUGUACGAUCUGAGGAUGAAAGAGAACAGUUUCUAUACCAUAUAUUAUCCCUUAAUGCUGCACAAUUCCGUUGCUUCACAAACACCUUCACGAAAACUAAAAUGGAUUAUCAAGUCGUCAUUGUGACCGGUGGCUGGCGAGGAUCAUUACCAGCUGUUUGGGUUACGGUUGGCGGAAGCCUCUGCAGCAGUCCUCAGAUUAAUCUCCCUGCCAACACACCGCUGUUCAAAUUCGAUCACAAGAAUCUAGGAGUAUUGUCGACGCUACGGAUCGGUCAUGCAUCUGGGACAGAAAAGCCUCCCAAGUGGUAUCUAGACUAUGUAAUCGUUCGAAACGAAAUCACGGGUCAGAUGUACAGAUUUCCAUGUGGUCGAUGGUUUGGUCAAGGAGUCGAAGACAGCCGAUGGUUCGGCAAUGGUUGUGACAUCAGUCUCGAAAGAUUAUUAGUAGCAGAACCAGUUUUUGAUGACGACGGUGCUGACUCAGCGUUCGGCACGGUACCGAAUUCGCCAGCGCGAAGUGCUAGAAGAGGAAGGGUUUCUUCUAGAAGUCAAACACCCCAACGAGAACGUAGCCCCUCACAAGGUCGCGCGCAUGACUCAGCUCCAAGUUGGAAAACCCGUAUCACGGAAAUCCAGCAAGUUCUUGGUGAAGCCGUCAAUGCUUUGGUGAAGUAUUUCUACAGCGAGAAACAUAGUAAGAGUGAACUGGCGCAUUUGCUAUGUGGUGAACGAGGAUUGGUCAACGCUAUUGAACAGGCUUUCCAGUUUGGACGUCACGGUUCUGUAUGGCUCUUCCGGCAACCCUCUCCAUGGGAUUAUGUAGAGAAAGUAUGUGUGUUUCUGAUGGAUUUGUUGCGACGUCGUGAUGCGACAUGGCCACGUGAACAACGUGAACUCAUAACACAUGCUCUGAGAAUUGUGCGUCGAAUAUCAGAACGUGGUGCUCUCGGAAAAGAUGCGAAAUUUCACGUUUUUGUCCUGUUGACGAUGAGAGACCACAUGCUGUCCGGCUUUUUACAGUUAAUGGCGUGGACGCCGGUGACAGCGCAGUUGUACGACGAACCGUCUUUCUUGCGUUCUCCUACGCAUUUAACAUAUCUGUCAAGAUUGCUGGACUCGCUCAAUGAGUUUAAUUUUACUCUUGAUCCAUCGCUAACUUACGGUGUGGUGUAA